AUGCAAUAUAGCCAAGCCUGCAGCAACAGUGGACGAGGUGGAAAUGUGCACGUGAGAAGUGUCUCAGCAGAUGACAUCUCAGAAUAUGCUUCAUCCUCAGAUCUGUCUAUGAAUCUCAUGCUUUGGAAUAUGAACCUAGUGAAGUGGGGCAAAUUAGAUAAUCCUGAGUGCUGCUGUGAUCGUGAUACGGCUAUUGGUUCUGUGAUAGAUAAAUAUCUUAAGAAAGAAAUAGAUUUACCUGACCAAGCAAUCCACCUUCUCUUCACUGCUAAUCGGUGGGAGACCAUGAAAGAUAUCCAAAAGAUGUUACUUAAUGGUGUCACAGUUAUCAUGGACCGUUAUGCUUACUCAGGAAUUUGCUACUCUGUUGCUAAAGGGACCCUUUCGCUUUUAUGGUGCAAGGCCCCUGAUAGAGGCAUCAUCAAACCGGAUUGCAUCUUCUUUCUUGAUUUGAGUCCAUUAAAAGCAAACAGACGAGCAGGUUUCGGUGAAGAACGUUACGAAGUGAUAGAGUUCCAGGAGAAAGUUCGUGACCAAUUUCUGAAAAUAAAAGAUAAUUCUUGGAAGUCCUUUGAUUAUGACCAAGCUGGAGCUCCGCCUCAAAAGGGCUUUGGUUGA